AUGCAGGCGCACCCCGGCUGGCAGCUGUCGGCGCAGGGGCUGGCCACGCUCACGGCCUUGCUGUCCGCGCGGCUGAUGCAGGUCACCUACCAGCCGCACGCGCUCGCCGCGCUGCUGGCCGUCCGCGACCUGGUGGGCGGCACGCGCUUCUCGGCCGCCAUGGAGGCGCAGAACGCCGCCACCAGGAGGGACUUCGCGCUACUGUGCCAGGUGUACGACGGCGCGGACGAGAACGGAAACCACGACGAUUCGAGCGAGGAGUCCAUGGCUGAGGAUGACGUCGGCAGUCAGCACCGCGUGGACGUCAUUACAGUGCAGGCAGCCGAAAACGCGCCGCCGGGCCGCGUCGUCAUGGAGACCGAGAUCAAGUUCGACGCGGACACGGCCAUCACCAUGACCAUCCUGGAGGAGCAGCCGCAGCAACAAGAGCAGCAGCAGCCGGAGCAGCAACUGCUGCAGCCGCGACUGCGGCCGCCGCUGGAGAAGCAACAACAGCAGCAGGAGCUGGAGCAACGAAUGCAGGAUCAACAACAGUGGCUGUUGCAGCAGCAGCUCCAGGAGCAGCGUCUGCAGCUUCAACAACAACAGCAGCAGCAGCUGGCGGUGGAGUCCAAGAGGAUCCAGCCCAAGGGCCAGCCCGGCAGGGACUCCCCCAUUCCCAACCUGGACGGCGGCGAGUCCCUCACGUGCUCCAGCAGCGAGAGCGACUUCCAGCAGCUGGUGGCGCGCGAGAAGGAGAUCCUGGCCGCCGGCAAGGAGGUCGCUGGCAUCGACAAGCACGUCAUCGAGGACCUCGACAACAAGGAGGACUGGCGGCUGCAGGCGGCCGCCUUGGACCGGCUGACGGCGCAGCUGCCGCAGCUGCUGCAGUUGCCGGCGUCCAGCCCGAUGGCGACCGACGCCUACCUGGCCGCGGUGCAGGCCCGCCUCGCCCGGCGCCUGCUCCCCACCGUGGCCGCCAACGGACUCAUCCUGUACGCUCUGCAGCUGCCGGCCAACGGGUACCGAUCGCCGCACCACCCCUCGGGGCCGGACGUUGACUGGAUCAUGGCCGGCUCCGGCUUCCUGUCUUCCGGGUCGGCGCGCAGUCGGGAGCAGCUGGCCGACCCCAUGAGGGAGGCCGCGGGACGGCUGAGCGUCCGCCCGGGCAACCCCUGGACGGACCGACGCUGGGAUGCACCGCCGCCGCCGCUGCCCGCCCCCACACCCCACCCCCACCGCGUGCAAGCCGUUCAGACAGCAAAAGGAGCCCGCAAGGCGUAA